AUGCGUUUUCCCUUCAGAGCACAGCCAUGGGGUGCCAACAGGUUCUUUGCUCUAGGCGUAUUAGUGCUGUCAUUAACAGCUACUGCGCAGACAACACUACAACUCCUAGCCAACCAUUCUACAAACUCCUCGCCAAUCACUACUAACUCUCCAGCACAACACUACAACUCACUCAGCCAACCACUACAACUCCUCAGCCAACCACAUACAACUCCUCCACCAACCGCUACAACUCCUCAGCCAAUCACUACAACUCCUCAGCCAACCACUACAACUCCUCACCAACCACUACAAUCCUCCUCAGCCAACCACAUACAACUCCAUAAGCCAACCCUACAACUCCUCACCAAAAAAACCCAACUACAAGCACUCCUCCAGCCAACCACUACAACUCCUCAGCAACACUACAAACUCCUCAGCCAAUCACUACAACUCCUCAGCCAACCAGUACAACCUGUCAGCCCAACAAAUUACAACUUCCUCUGCCAACCACUACAGAUCCUCAGCCAAACCCACUACAACCUCCUCAGCAACCACUACAAAACUCCCAGCCAACCUCAACUCCUCCAGCCAACCAUACAACUCCUCAGCCAACCACUACAAUCCUCAGCCAACUAUACAACUCUCAACCAACCACAUACAAACUCACAGCCAACCACUACAAACUCCUCCACAGAACACUCCAAUGCACAGCCAACCACAUACAACUGCUCAGCCACCAUACAAACUGUCAGCCAACACGCUACAACCGCACAGCCAACCGCUACAACCGCACAGCCAACCAACUACAACUGCACGCCAACCGACUACAAACUGCAAAAGGACGUCAACUACAACUGCUCAGCAACCCUACAACUGCUCAGGUCAAACCGCUACAACCGCACAAGCCAACCACUACAUAUCCUGCUCAGCCAACGACUACUCAACCAACCACGUGCUGCACCGGACACCACAACUACAGCAAAAACCAGCCACUUACAACUGCUGCCCAAUCAGCCCACCACCAAAAUCCACACCGAUUCCACCUCUGCUGGACAUCUGUUUGGAUACCACUAA